AUUUUGGUAACCGUAAGACCUUAGUUUGGAAGAGAAAACUUGAGAGCAAAUGGGACAGGGAAAAGAAGUGAAGACCAAAGAUGAACCCCAAGUUGAAAUUCAGGAAAGAGGGGAAAUAUUCUUCUUUUACAGACCAAAAGUGAACAAAGAUGAAGCACAUAGUCCCGAUGAUGUUCAACGUUUGUACAUAGUGCUUAGGCCGGAAUCCGGUGAAAAGACUGUCGAAGAGAAACAGUCUUCAGAUUCCGGUAAAGAAGGUGCUAGCAAAUCCGGUGGUGGAAAAGGGACAUCAUCAUCGUCAGAUUCCGGUAAGAAAGGUGGUGACAUCAAGGGUAGUGAAGGUGGUCAUGGUGAAGAGGAAGUAAAUAUUGAGAAAGAUGUGCUGCUGAGGUUCAUAGUGAUGGGGAAAAAAAGUCUGCCAGAUCCUAGCAAGAGAAGUAGACCAUAUUGGGGAUUUGUGGAGAUGGUCACCACCAAAAUAGACGACGUAAAGACUGCGCUAAAAGGAGAGGAAUAUGACACUGCUACACGGGGACAUCGGCAUACUUCUCCGGCACGGGCACUAGCCGAAGGUGUUUAUCGUAUCUUACGGCAUAAACGAGGAGGCAAGAAAACUCACACCCAUCUCAUCUACAAACUUGAAUUCCCACCAGAAGACGAGCAAAAUGAACCUCAAGAAUCUCUUAACAUAGAGCGUGAAGGUUCUUUUCUUAUUCAAAUCAAGAACCCGGAUCAACAUAAUCCGCAGGGUAGUGGUGGUGGUGGAUUCGGUGGGCUUCAAACCAAGAGAAGAGCAGCAUUCCCUGCGCAUCUGCAAGGACAGUUCGGGAAACUACGGUAUUCUGCCGCAGAUCCGCCGGAUUUUCUCAACUACGAGGGAUGCGAGUUUUUAUUGAUAUCGGCGUCAGACGAUAUUGAGGAAGAACUGGGGUUGGAGUUGAAGACGGAAAUAGGUGAAGCAGGAGGUAGUCAUGAUGUUUCGUGCUCGGAUUUGGUGAAGACUUUUGGUGAGACUGCUUCGACCAAGCCACUCAUGAAGGGCACGUGGGUUUAGCCGGUUUCAGAAGGGAAGUUGGGCUUCCACUGUGGUGUUGCGCAACCAAGGCUUUGCUUCUUUUUUUUUUUUUUUUUUCGUUUUGUUUUG